GAAUUCGACUCUAGAAAACUUUUGUUUCUCUUUCAUAGGCUCUUUCUCUUUCCUACAAAUAUGAGAACGUUUCUCAACGUUGCUCGUAACUUUUUCUCUAGGAUUUUUCAUCCUGAGUUUGUUCUUCUUUGAUUCUUGACCUCAACCCUGAGAAACCAGGUUGAGGAAAAAGCCACCCAGAAAAAGAAAAGCUUCAAAAACAAACAAGUGCUCUCUGAAUCCUCACUUGGGGUUUUGUUAAAUAUCUUAUUCUCAAUAGAGAGUUUUCUUUUUUGUGUUUUUACGUAUUAAAAGGUAGCUCAACCUACAUAGAUUGAAGGAAUAGAUUUCUCCAUAUCCAUGGGAGAAGCGCCAGCUUUUUUUCUUGAUGAGGUCCAGAAGGGAUUUUCAAACGGGUUCGACCUAAAAUCGAACGGCUGUGAUGCGAUGACCAUUGUUGUUGGCAACAAAACUUAUGUGAUUGGUGGAUCCUCUAAUGAGUCAACAUUAGAAAUUGGGGUUCAGAUAUUUGACCAGUCUAGUGGUGAAUGGGUAUACCCUACUGUUUUGGGGACAGCGCCUAAACCCAGUAAAGGCUUUUCAGCUGUGCUUUUGAAUGAAGACCGAAUUUUGGGAAUUAAGAAAGGUUCCACACCAGAUGAUUUUGCAUGGUUUCUUGAGGUGGAUACCCCAUAUGUUAGGCAGCAGAAGAAAAUUUUGGGGACUGAGGUUGUUGCUUGGAGUAAGGGUGUCAAGGGUAAAGCUGAGAAGCCUGUUGUUAUUAGUGGUCCUUCUGGAGUAGGUAAAGGCACACUUAUAUCCAUGCUCAUGAAAGAGUUCCCAUCCAUGUUUGGGUUCUCUGUGAGUCAUACAACCCGUGCUUCAAGGGGCAUGGAGAAAGAUGGAGUUCACUACCAUUUCACAGAGCGAAGUGUCAUGGAGAAAGAAAUCCAAGAUGGGAAGUUCCUUGAGUUUGCUUCUGUCCAUGGAAAUCUCUAUGGAACAAGUGUUGAAGCAGUUGAAGUGGUAGCAGAUGAUGGAAAGAGAUGCAUUCUGGACAUUGAUGUUCAAGGGGCAAGAUCUGUGAAGGCUAGUUCCAUUGAAGCCAUAUUUGUUUUUGUAUGUCCACCUUCAAUGGAAGAGCUUGAGAAGAGGCUUCGAGCACGGGGAACCGAAACAGAGGAACAGGUUCUAAAGAGACUCAGAAAUGCUAAGGCUGAAAUUGAGCAAGGUCAAUCAUCAGGCAUCUUUGAUCAUAUUUUGUACAAUGAUGAUCUUGAAGAGUGUUACCAAAGUCUCAAGAAACUCUUGGGACUUGACAAAAGUGAGAAUGGUUCCCCUGAAACUGCACCUGUAUGGGUUGAUCUACCUGAGGAUCAUGCGAUCUUGAAAAUCGACCAGAAAAUCAUCAUAAGAAGCAGAACUGCUGAACUGGGAAAAGGAUCCAAGGACCUGAUUGUCAUAGAUGUUUCAUCCCUGAAAGGCGGGGCGCCGGGACGAACCCGAGGGCUCAACAUCUACUCCACCAGUCCAAUUUUGGAAACUCAGAAUGGGAUUCAUGAGCUCUGCUGACAAUUAAUCUGGCGGAAGGACUAACUUCAAUUACUUAAUUUGAAAAUUUUUAUGCUCCUUAUUUUUAGUUAUUUAUUUUUUGUUACAAAAAAAGAAGCAAAAAGGGAAUUAGUGAUGAUGAAAUCCAGUUAUGAUCAUCACACGAGUCAAAUUUUUAAUACUCCCCAGCCCUUUCCAUUCUUUGCUUGUUUUACAACAGAACAUGAUUCUGGAUCAAAAAAAUGUUACAAACACAACUGUUGUUCACAUGAGCAUUUAUUGAUAUGAUUUUAUGAUUGUAAGAGAAAAUAGUAUUGAGUUGAAAUUUAUAUUAUGGGCCUUCUCUUAACAUCA